UGAUGCACAUGCGCAUAGAGAAAUUGAGGGUUUAAAUUCCAAUCAGCGACUUCAGACCGAAUGUGUCAUUCAGCGCAUAUCUCUGCAAAUAGUUAAAACACCAUAGUCCGGGGCGGUAAUCGGUCUGGUUGUCAUUUAGUACGCCGAUGGAAAACGAAAGUAAAAAUCAAUUAUUCAUAAAGGGUGUGAGUUGUAAUAAAAUAUAAAUUCGUUUGAAAAUUCAACGUGCAGCAUGUGAUAUUCAAAUAAUAUGGGCAUAAAGUUUGCAUAAAACAAUUCCUGUACGUCACAGCAGUAAAUAAAAACGCACGUUGUUACACAAAAAACGAUCACGAGCGUUAUGCGAGUUCCCGACAUCACAUUAACAGCUGGAAAUGCUGCACAAUUCACGCACAACUCUAAUAACCCAACUACACUACAACAACAGCAACAACAACAACUGACAACAAGCGCAUCGUCGGAGGAGUCCUUACGCUCUUUACAACCGGAACGUAAAGAGUUAAAUAAGAACUGGACGGCGAAUGGAGUGAAUGCCACGUCUACCGGUUUCUUCGAUUACUUACCUAGUGCUCAGUUUAGUGACAACUCAGUGUAUACCUCUUCGGCCGAUGAGUUUGUGCAACGUGCAUUGAGCUCUUCCCUGGCAGUGCCGUAUGAAUAUACCAAUCCUGCGUUGGUCGGCAGCAGAUAUGAGGAAUACUACCAACGAACGAAUCCACAAACACAAAAUUAUCUAGAGAAUUACGGUGGUAAUAGCAAUAGUGCCUAUAAGGGAUUCCAGGAGGUUUAUGUUAAUCGUGCCGCAAUCGCUUUGGAUGACUACGAAAAAAUCAAUCGUGCAACAAAAUUCGCCAACUCUAGUUCCGUUACGAACUCUGUGGUGCAACAGAGCGAUAAUUAUAACACUAGCGCAGUUAGAGAUGUGAGUCAAAGCGAUUGCCACAUCGAUUAUAACAACGAGAUGAAAAAGGAUAUGAACAUUACCGUUAAUGAACCAAAUUCAAAUCAUCAGCAACAAGUAAGGCCAAUAGUUUCGACUGAGGAGUGUUCCGUCGGAAAUGUGAACGAUUCCGAAAAUUAUUAUAACGACGAGUCAAUGCUGGAUUUGUGUAACGAACGCGAUCAAAAAUCAAAUGUCGAACAGCACAAUGAUGAUUUAGAUGAAUAUCUGACAUCACCAACUUCAUCGAGCGUCUCUUUGAGCACACCACAACGCUCCUACUUUCCGCGUGGUAUAAUCAAUCCGAACUAUCCUGGAUUUCAACAUUUAGCGCACACACUCUCUGAACAUUUCAUCGGUUGUACACCAUCCGAUUCGUAUGACAGUGAUAUGUCCGAAUGUGAAAUGGAGUUGAGCGCCGACAGUUGUGAAGAUCUGCCCAGCGAGGAGCAGCAGGCAGAGUUGAAUACGAAACUGAAUAUCUACAAUAACAAUAGCAACAGCAACAGCAGCCACAAGAGAGCACAAGUCGAGAGUCAGCAAUCUACAGACAUUGCACAGCAACAAAGGCAGCGGCAACCACAACCUAACCUAACAGUUUAUACCGAUGCUAACAGCAAUAGUGCCACCACACAGCAUAUGAGCAGCGAUGAGCUCCAGCAACAACAGCAACAUCAACAAGAGCAACACAGCAAAUUGGGCGCACUGAUCGCAAACGAAUUGCACGAUAACUUACGACAAUUGCUCACUUUGAAUGUGCCCGAUAAUUACUCCGAUGCCUAUAUUAUAAACUCUGCGGACAAUUUUGCUUUUCGUUGUGAUCAGAAGUGUCGAUUAGUCGCACAAAUCUCCGAUGAGAGACAGCAGGUGUAUGGCACCACACCAGACAUUUUAUUGAAGAAUUCUUCUAAUUUACGCGUAGAAGAACUUUCGAAGAAGGAGAAUCGUCCGGAUCUAUUGCGCGGUGUAAGUCCACAACCACUGCGUAAACGCACCGAAACGGCUUUUGAAGAUUUCAACCAAAUUGCCCGCAUCGACAAUUCCGUGGAAAAGCGAGAAUUGGAAAGAAAAGAGGUGCAAAAGGACGUACCCAGUGAGCGUCGUAGCAAUGCUACAACGCCAGUGCGUUCCCAUGAUAACGGUAAAGAGGACGGUGUGGGCUAUGGUAUAACACCAGUGGACAUAAUUGGCGAUUUCGAGCAGGAGGUGGAAAGAGAAUUUGGCCUUCUGGUCAGCGGCUACAGGCGUUUGGUUGAAACCAAUGAUGAAGGAAACGAAGACGAUAAUGAGGUCGGGCAGCCACAGCCAAUUGAGAAGGUAUCGGAUGCGAUGCUUUCGAGCGCAAAAGAUCUUAUUGACUCCGAUAAAUAUGUAACGGCACUACAACAAAAUAAAGAAGAUGAAACCACCGAAGUUGAAGCGAAAGCAGAAACAGAAACGGCUAACAAGAUUGGAGGACAUGAUCCAACAAUGGACUUUAUGGAGGACAAUAAUGCGGUUGACUGGUCGUAUGGACGUUGCGGCGAUUCGGAAGAAAUAAAUGCAUGUCACGCCAAAGAGCGGGAAUGCAAUAGUCAAAGAGAGCGAGAUGAUGUUACGGAUGUAAGCACCGUUAGCAAUACAAGUAGCGCACAAAUGCGACCCAAAUACCAAAAAGCUUCUUAUGAUGAGCGUCAGCUACCGCCCGUAGCCAUUGAGUACAAGCGUUGUCAGCAAAACGCACGUAACAUGCGAAAAUCCGCGGGGCAAAAUCAUGAGAAAUCAGAGAAGCCCACUAAAGCGUCAGGUGGCAGCAAGAUUGGACGUAAUCACUCAAAAACGGGAUUUACCAGUCGUUUUUUCAGUUCGAAGCGCACCAAUAUGGGUGGUAGCUCAAGAAACAGCGAAGAAAAUGCGAAUCGCCGUCGUGAGGAAGCCGAAAUGCAUCAAUAUCAACAGUUGAUUAGCAAUAAGGAGUUAAUUUUAAGCAACAGCCGUUAUACGAAAAUGUCCGCUUGGGCGGAGUAUUUGAAGAACUCGGUGAAAAAUCAUGGCGGCAAGUGCGCAAGCACUGAUUUGGCUUCACCAAGUGCUUUGGAUUUGUUUGAUGCUUAUAAAAUUGGUGGAGAUUUCGAUAUGGAAACCUUGCAGCAGCAUCUUAAACUGGCUAAAGAGAUUGAGAAAAAGCGUCGCAGUGAUCGGGAAGAAAUACGUCGACGUUUGGCUAUGGGUUCUGAGGAACACAAUCAGGAAUCCAAGGAGCGAAAUGCUUGGAAGACAGGCAUACAGUCAAGAUUAGCAAACGCACAGUUGGGUCGCUUAAAUGAUCCCUCUUCGGACACCGAAAGCCAUAGUUCAGACUCAGAGACGUGCCCGAAGUUAUCCAAAGCUAGACAAGUGGAUAAUAUGAGUGCACUUAAUAUAUCCUUGGCCGACAAACCCACCUACCCAUAUGCAGGUAGUGGACACGCCACAAUUUCGUCACUCAGCUCGGCGGCUGCGGCCAACAAAUAUCAAACACAACAACAAAUGCAACGUUCACAAAGCAAACAACAGAGUUUCCAAACGACAAUGUCUGCAUUCAGCAGUGAGGAUUUGGAGUGUGACUUUUUCACCAAGCAAGCCAAGCUGCAGAUUGAAGCGCGCAUGGCUUUGGCACAAGCCAAAGAGAUGGCUCACAUGCAAAUGGAGAUUGAGCGACAAAAUCGGCGCGUAUCACCGAUUACCGAUAUCAUACGUGUUUCGCUGCGCAAAGUGGGCGUCCAAAUGACCGCCGAUAAACGUCGUGUCUCGCGACAAAUGCUAACCGAUAUGAAUAUAGCGCAACUGCAAAUACUCGUCAAUAGUCUGCACACACAUAUUGAAGAGCUAAAUGAGUCACUAGUGCAUAAUCUAAUGGAACGGGAUGAUCUUCAUGUCUCACAAGAUUCCAUGCUGGUGGAUAUUGAAGAGCUUACGAGAUAUAUUGGAGCUAACGAGCAUCUUGCACAUCGGUAUAAAAACCAAAAUCCCUACAAUCACAACUAAAGCCAUACAUACA